AUGUACUGUCGGUAUCAUCUUCUGAUUGUCGCGCUUCUGUCCGUGUUCAUUGCACCCUCCAGUGGCCAGCAAAGUGAUUUCGGCGAUCACACCUGCGGCCGUCAGCUGGUCCAGUUGGAAGGCCUCAUCAAGGGAGGCUUCACGGCCCGUCCCGGUGAAUGGCCCUGGCACGUGGCUAUAUUUCAUCGCAUCGAAUCUGGCAGCGGAGAGUUCGAGUACCAGUGCGGAGGAAGCCUGGUGCACAAGUACCUGGUGAUAACGGCAGCCCACUGCGUCACGUUGCGAUCGAGACGCGAGCCCAAAUCAACCGAUGACGUACUGGUUAGGGCCGGGAGGUAUGACAUAUCGCUGGACCGGGAGGAGCACGGUCGUGACCAUAAGGUGGCCCAGAUAGUGACCCCCGAUGAUUACAGACCGCUGACGUAUGAGAAUGAUAUUGCGAUAGUGAAGCUGGCGGUUCCGGUGAUUUUUACGCAGUUUGUGCAACCGGUUUGCUUGUGGAAGCGGGACGACGGAAUAGUGCUGCCGGAUGUAUAUCAUGAGCUCGGGACGGUUGUUGGAUGGGGAUUGACGGAAGAGAAUAAGAUUGCAACAACGUUGAAUGUGGCACGGAUGCCAGUGGCGACGACGUACGAGUGUUUGACAAGCGAUCGGCUGUUUUUCGGGAAGCUGAUCUACUCCAAGUCGUUUUGCGGGGGGUUCAAGAAUGGAACCGGAGUGUGCAACGGGGACAGUGGCGGCGGCAUGUUCUUCCAGUAUAAGGGACAGUGGUAUUUGAAGGGGGUUGUAUCGUUUAGUAAAAUCUAUGACAUUUCGAGGGUUUGCAAUCUGCAGCAGUUUGUUGGAUUUACCGAUGCUAGUCAGUUUAUUGGUUGGAUUUACGAGAACGAACCACUCAAUAGGAGUGAGGAUCCGAUAUUGGGACACCCGAACAUAAGACUCGUUAAUCAGGGAGACUGUGGCAAGAAUAAUUACAGCCUUGGAUAUCCGGAGGAGGAGAAACGCAGCAUCAAACAGUACCUGUGGAUGGCCAUACUGCGUCAUCCGUUUCAGAAUCAACAGAAUGUCCACUGCAAUGGAGUGCUGAUCAAUAGAAACUACGUGCUCACUACAAAUUGCGUCGACUGGGUCGACGACGUGUUUGUCACACUGGGAGAAUACAUCACCCGGCAGGUGACAGAUUGUGGCGAGGAUGGAGAAAAGACGAUCUGCAAUUCCCCGACGCAGAUCACGGCAAUCUCCGAGUACUUCCAGAAGGACGAUUUGAUUCUAGUUCGGUUGGCAACUCCGGCCAUCAUCGGUCGAAGAGAUCACGUCGAAGCGAUAUGUCUGCCGGUGACCCCCGAACAGCGGAAUCACGUUUUUCCUAAAUACAUUCUCACCGGUUGGAAAGAAUCUGGAAACGAUUCCGACUACCUGCAGCGAGUUACCAUGGAUCGGAUCACGCUGGAAGAUUGCAGGAAGGAAUUCGCAACACGCAGUUACAUCAGUGAUUCGAUUAAAAACGUGACCGAUUCCAGGAUUUGUUUGCGAAACGUACGGGACUUGAACCGGGCUCCGAGCUGCAACGACUAUCAACACGGCUCGACGAUCCAAACUGUUGACGAAUCUUCCAACCGGUACGUGCUGUACGGAAUUCAAACCGGAAUUUCCUACUGUUCCCUGCCGGAACGUUUCAUCGCUGUGACCAAGUAUCUGGAAUGGAUACUCGACAACAUGAGACCGUGAUAACCUCAAUAAAGCUAAUUAACCGCCCGCA